CAAUCUGGAAGGAAAAAAUUGAAAAAGUGAACACGACGUUUUCUUUUCAUUGUGGUGUCAUUUAAUGGACGACUAAGAACAAACACGACUUUUGUUAGGCAUUGUCUUUUUAAAUUAUUACAAAAGUAUAUAAUAUACAGUCGUAAACAUGGCGGAUUUCCUCGAUUCUGAAGCUGAGGAAAGCGAGCAAGAGGAUGAAUUAGAUCGUAAAACUUCACGAAAAAAUAAAGCACUGAGUGAUAGCGAAGAUGAAGAAGAGGAUGAUGAGGAUCGACUACGCGAAGAACUAAAGGAUCUUAUAGACGAUAAUCCCAUCGAAGAAGAUGAUAGCGGUGGUGAUUCCGACGCUUCUGGUGGUAAAACCAAGAGGAAGAAAAGUGACGACGAAGACGAACUUGAUGAUCGGCUGGAAGAUGAGGAUUAUGAUCUAAUCGAAGAAAAUCUUGGCGUAAAAGUGGAACGGAAACGUUUUAAAAGGUUGAAAAAGAUUACGGACGAAGCAAGCGACGAUGAGGAACAGAUUGAUAGCGGAUUCAACCGAGAAGUAAUUGCUGAGCAGUUGUUUGAAGGCUCCGCGGAUGAGGAGGAAGACGUUCAGUCGGUUGAAAAUCGUGAUGUGAUAUUGGCAACAGCAGACAAUCAAGACGACGAAGAAGAUGAGGAAUCGGACGCCGAUGAUUUCAUUGUUGACGACGACGGAGUUCCCAUAAGUGAUAAACGAAAGAAAAAGAAACACAUCUUCACUGAUGCGUCUCUUCAGGAAGGUCAAGAUAUUUUUGGCGUUGAUUUCGAUUACGAAGAAUUUGAUAAAUAUGAUGACGACGAAUAUGAGUACGAAUCGGAAGUCGAUGACGAUUUCGAGGAAGAUGGAGAAGUUAGCGAACGACCAAGGAAACCCAAAAAACAAAGUCGCAAAAAAUCAACUAAAAAAACCAUUUUUGAUAUCUUCGAACCGAGUGAAUUGAAGCGGGGCCAUUUCACUGAUUUAGACAUUGAAAUUCGUAAAACUGACAUACCUGAGCGAAUGCAGUUACGAGAUGUUCCUCUCACGAUGGUACCGGAGGGAACCAAUGAAUUGGAAGAUGAAGCCCAAUGGAUUUAUAAGCAAGCAUUCUGCAAGGCUCCGAUCUCAAAUCAAGAAACAUUUACUCGGAAGACGUCAUCUGCUAUUCCCAAAAUAAAACAAGCCUUAGAUUUUAUGCGAAACCAAAACUUGGAAGUUCCAUUCAUUGCAUUCUAUCGUAAGGAAUAUGUUCAGCCAGAUUUGAACAUCAAUGAUUUAUGGAAAGUGUACAAAUAUGACGCAAAAUGGUGUCAACUGGCAGCGAGAAAGAAAAACUUGCUGAAACUGUUUGAAAAUAUGCGAAAGUAUCAGUUGGAUUUACUAAUGGCUACACCUGAUGAUGCGAUUCCGGAAGACAUGAGAAUCAUUAGAGACGAUGACAUUGAAAGAUUGAAGUAUGCUCAAUCGCAAGAAGAACUGAAAGACGUGCAUAAUCAGUUUUUGUUGUACUAUUCACAUGCCAUUCCGCCUAUGUAUAAGCAUAUCAGACAAACUGAAAGGAAUCGUAUUCAACAAAUGAACGAGGCUCGAAAAAUCGCAAUGGAAGAAACCGAUGACACGGACGAUCCGAAAAUCAUAGACGAAUAUGUCCCGGAUGAUAAUGUCAAACUCACUAUUGGAUCCGGUCCGUAUGCCAUGUGCAGAAAAGGUGGCCUUUGUGGAUUGGCAAAACGAUUUGGGUUAACACCAGAGCAUUUCGCAGAAAACGUUCGCGAUAGCUACCAACGACAUGAUGUCCAACAAGAGCCAGGUGAUCCGACAGAUACUGCUAAAGAAUACGUAAAUAAUCGUUUUACUUCUGUGGAGGAUGUAUUGCAUGCGGGGAAGUUUAUGGUGGCGCGACAAAUUGCAAAGGAACCGUUGCUCCGGAAAUGUUUGAGAGAGCUGUACUUCGAACGAGCAAAAAUUUCAGUUCGACCCACGAAGAAAGGAAUCAAGGAGGUAGAUGAAAAUCAUCCCUGUUAUGCAAUGAAAUAUUUAAAAAACAAACCUGUCCGAGAUUUUGUUGGAGAUCAGUAUUUAAAAUUAAAGAUUGCUCAAGACGAUAAGCUAUUAACAAUAACGAUGUCCGAGCAUGCUGAACUAAUAGACGAGAUGAAAACUCUGUACUACAAAGACGAAUUUUCUAAAAAUGUUCAGGAGUGGAACAAAUUACGAUCGGAAUGUGUAGAGCUGGCUUUGAAAGCAAUGGUAUUUCCGGAACUGAGCAGAGAAUUGCAAUCCAUUCUGCUGCAGGAAUCGAAGGAAGCAGUAAUGAAAAUAUGUUGCCGUAAACUUUACAACUGGAUAAAAGUAGCGCCUUUUAAUCCGGGAUUCGAGAACGAUGACAACGACGAUUAUGAAUGGGACACAUCGCGUGGAAUUCGUGCUAUGGGAAUCGCGUUCGUUCCGGACUUUUCGCAAGCCGCGUUCGGUGCCGUGACUACUCCAGAGGGCGAUGUGAAUGAUUAUUUGCGAAUUCCGCAUCUAUUGAAACGGAAAUUUGCCCACAGAGAGGAAGAGAAAUCAAUGAAACAAUCAGACCUGCAAUCAAUAAUCGAUUUCUUAAAAAAUAAGAAACCACAUGUAAUUGUGAUCGGUGGUGAGUCAAAAGAAGCUUUGAUGGUUCAGAAAGAUCUGCAAGAGUGUGUCAAGAUUCUCACAGAUGAAGAACAAUUUCCCGAGAUCCCCGUUGAAAUCAUCGAUAAUGAACUAGCAAAGAUUUAUUCUAAUUCUAUCAAAGGCUCUUCUGAUUUUCGUGAAUACCCUUUACUACUACGACAAGCAAUUUCGUUGGCAAGAAGAAUUCAAGAUCCGCUAAUUGAAUUUUCUCAGCUUUGCACCGCUGAUGAUGAAAUAUUAUGUUUACGUUAUCACAGCUUGCAAGAUCAUCUGAUAAAGGAAGAGCUUCUGGAGAAUCUAUACAUUGAGUUCAUCAAUCGAACUAACGAAGUGGGAGUCGACAUUAACCUUACGGUGCAGAAUUCACGUACGAUCAAUUUGAUGCAAUUUAUAUGCGGUUUAGGACCGAGAAAAGGGUUGGCGCUUAUCAAAGUGCUGAAGCAAACGAACCAGCGGUUAGAAAAUCGUACUCAGCUUGUCACCGCUUGUCACAUGGGUCCCAAGGUGUUCAUCAAUUGUUCAGGAUUUAUUAAAAUAGAUACGAACUCGCUAGGCGAUAGCACCGAAGCGUACGUGGAGGUGUUAGAUGGUUCGCGUGUACAUCCUGAAACAUAUGAGUGGGCCCGUAAAAUGGCAGUAGAUGCACUGGAGUAUGACGAUGAAGAUGCCAAUCCGGCAGGAGCGUUAGAAGAAAUUUUGGAAUCACCAGAACGUUUAAAAGAUUUGGACUUGGACGCGUUUGCAGUCGAACUUGAGCGGCAAGGUUUUGGCAAUAAGAGUAUCACGUUAUAUGAUAUUCGGGCGGAGCUGAAUUCCAGGUAUAAAGAUCUUCGCACCCCAUUCCGUACACUAACCCCGGAAGAGCUCUUCGAUCAUUUAACAAAAGAGACACCGGAAACUUUGUACGUUGGUAGAAUAAUGCUUGCUACUGUGAUUGGCAUUAGUCACCGUAAACCGCAGGGCGAUCAAUUGGAUCAGGCAAAUCCCGUCAGAAACGAUGAAACUGGUCUCUGGCAAUGUCCAUUUUGUAUGCAAAACGAAUUUCCCGAGCUGUCGGAAGUGUGGAACCAUUUUGAUGCUGGAGAAUGUCCCGGACAAGCAACUGGUGUCCGUCUGAGAUUCGAUAAUGGUCUUUCUGGGUUCAUACACAUCAAAAAUAUUUCGGAUAAACAUGUUAAAAAUCCGGAAGAACGCGUACAAAUCGGUCAAACUAUCCACGUACGUGUGAUUAAAAUAGAUGUCGAAAAAUUUUCCUUGGACUGUUCCUCAAAGACUUCCGAUUUAACAGACAGAAAUAACGAAUGGCGACCGCGCAGAGAUCAAUUUUAUGAUCAAGAUGCUGACAACGUCGAUAGCAAAGCAGACACUGGUGCAAGAACGAAACCGCCAAGGCAGCAAUAUACAAAACGAGUUAUUGUGCACCCAUCGUUCCAUAACAUUUCGUAUGCUGAAGCGUUGAAAAUUUUGGAUAAGCUAGAUCAGGGCGAGGUAAUUGUAAGACCUUCCAGUAAAGGCACUGAUCACAUUACAGCAACUUGGAAAGUGACAACCGACAUCUAUCAGCACAUUGACAUUCGCGAGGAAUCCAAGGAAAAUGUUUUCAGCUUAGGGCAGUCACUGUGGAUUGGCAAUGAAGAAUUUGAAGAUUUGGAUGAAAUUAUCGCUAGAUAUAUAAAUCCGAUGGCAUCCUUCGUAAGAGACAUCCUGGGUUAUAAAUAUUACAAGGAUACCAAUGGUGGCAUGAAGGACAAAGCGGAGGAAAUCAUUAAAGAGGAAAAGGCUAAAAAUCCAAAUAAAAUACAUUAUGUUUUGUCCGUAGCCAAAAACUACCCUGGCAAGUUUCUGCUGUCGUACUUACCGCGAACAAAAUUCAAGCACGAGUACAUAACGGUUACUCCUGAAGGGUACAGAUUCAGACAGCAGUGUUUUGAUUCCAUUAACUUUCUAAUAAAGUGGUUCAAGGAACAUUUCCGAGAUCCGAUACCUUCUCCGGUUAGCACUCCCCGGGAUAAUACGGCAUCCGUACGUACCCCGUACUUUGGAACACCGAAAUAUCAUGGCGACACUGGUAAAAAAAAUACCCAGAACAUGCACCAGAUGUCGAGUGCGUUAUCACAAACGUCAGGCAAGAGUCCACACUACGCAUACACACCGGGCGACUUUGGAAGUGUCAGCAACCACGUGACUACGCCAUAUACUCCGAGUGGUCAAACGCCGUAUAUGACACCAUAUCAGCAAACUCCUUCUUCCCACACUCCACAGUUUGGAGCUACUCCACACAAAUACCCACAUGAAAAUCGGUUCAGCAAAGGAGAAUAUGAUAAUUCAUCUGCGCAAAAUAAAACAACUCCACUGUCGCCAUAUUCUGAGAGCAGCAUGGGUUCGUCGCAAAAACGGAAUAACAAUUGGAAGAAGGUAGUGAAUUCCUGGACACCGAAGGAAAACCAAAGCAAUCCUUUGGCUGGUUCACAUAAAAGUGCUGAACAACGCCCUUCGAACGAACAUCACAUUGCUAGUAAUUCUGGUAAUCGUCGCCGUUUCAACAAACAAGAAGAUUUUGCUAAUCCUCGUAUGGCCCGUACUGUUCCGAAAUCAAUCGAUAACUCACACAGCACAACAUUAGGUGAUUCAACGCCGCUUUGGGAUGAAUAAAAUGUGCAUUAUUGUUAUGGAUAUGUCGGCGCGUUUCUAAUAAAACUAAAGUUUUAUGAUACAUAACAUAAUAAAAACCUGUUUUAAUUCAA